AUGAGUGAACAAGAAAAUUAAACAACUAAAAAUUAAAGCCAAGUCAUGCAAUCUACUGAAAUGCCUACCUCCAUGCAAUUAGAAAGUUCAAACUAGAUUUUCACCUACAAAGCCCCUUGGUUGAUUUACGCCAUGGGAUUUCAAUAGAAACCCAGUCCUCAAUCUCGUAUUGCAAUUUGUAGUAUGAUUGAAGAUGUUUAGAAUGAAGUUUUCAUACUAUAAUUGGAUAAAGAACAAGAAACAUUUAGCAAAAAGGCUAAAUUCAAUCAUAGGUAUGCCCCAACUAAAGUGUUAUGGAUACCUGACAUCGAGGGCAAGUACCCUGAUUUGCUGGCAACUAGUGGAGAAAAUUUAAAGAUUUGGGAAUAUGAUGAUCAAAAUUCUCAAGUUAAGAUUAAGUGGGACUUAAAAAAUGUAUUUAAUACACAUCCUAACCAAACAUAGACAAGUGAUUUUAAUGCCCCAUUGACCUCAUUUGAUUGGAGUUGUAAAUAACAAAAUUAUAUUGGAACUGCUUCAAUAGAUACAACAUGCACACUUUGGGAUAUUGAAAAAUAAACAGUAGUUACUCAACUCAUUGCCCAUGAUAAGGAAGUCUAUGAUAUUUGUUUUAGUGUUGAUCAUUAAAUUUUUGCAUCUGUAGGGGCAGAUGGUAGUUGCAGACAAUUUGAUUUAAGAGCCUUGGAUCAUUCAACAGUGUUAUUUGAGACAGAGAACAAUAACCCAAUUGUAAGAUUAGCAUGGAAUAAAAUGGAUACCAAUUACUUAGCAAUCAUAGAAAUGGAUGUUAACUAUGUUACAUUGCUGGAUACAAGAUAACCACUUCUACCUUUGGCUAAAUUAAAAAAUCACAAAGACUAUGUUAAUGCUAUUGCAUGGGCACCAGAGUCAACCACUCAUUUAUGUAGCGUUGCAGAUGAUUAGUCAGCCUUGAUCUGGGACUUCUCAGAACUUCAGAACAAAUAAAAUGAUUAAAAUUCAAUCGAUCCUCUACUGGAGUACAAGGCAGAAAAUGAAAUUAGUAAUAUAUCAUGGUCUUUGACUAAAGUUGAUUAAGUGAGUAUUUGUUAUAACAAAUCAUGUUAAAUUUUAAAUGUUUGA